AUGACCCAGUACCCAUGGUCGACCCGGGUCAUUCCGACGUCGUAUCUGCUUCCGGCGCAGUGGCCCCAGCCACAGAACGACGAGCUCCUCCUCGCCAUGGAAGAAUCCGAGUACGAAGACAAGUGCAAUGAAAUCAGAAAGGCGAAUAGCAACAUAAUCAUUAUUGGGAAAACCACUGUUGAUAACGAUAAAGAAGAUUUUGAUAAUGAUGCCGAUGAUGAUGAUGCUGACAAUGCAGAGGAGUCCGAAGGUGAUGAAUUUGAGCAGGAAACCGGUUGAAGUACAUCACAUGCCUGCUUCAGCUGUAUAAAUGCUGGAAUUGUUAAUGUACUGAAUCUUGAACAAAUUUUGCUUGUUACUUCACUUGUAAUCAUAGCUUCUGCCUUUCAAUAUCUUUUUCCUGCAUCCAGUCUACAAGUCACUCAGUGGCAGUGCUAAUGAUGUCUCAGCUACAACUUGUAUGAGAUCAUUUCAGCUCCAUGAAAUAUGUUUGUGUGAUGACACAGUGCAAGCAGACGUUCUUUCUGGGACAAUAGAAAGCAAUGUUCUUUACAGACCUUAGUUACAGGGCCUCAUCUGUGCUAACCUCUCUUUGCAGAAUGUGGGUGUUGUUGUGCUUGAUCAGGUUGUUCAUGUACCAUGCUGGUAUGUUUAUUGUGCAAUAGUUGAUUUAAAAGCUGUAUUGUAUUAUUGAAUGAUCUCAAGAACAUUCUUAUUCAUAGGGAGAUCAAAAUCAAUGAUACCAUCUGUUUUCUCUUGA